GGCAGUCUCUCGAUCUGGUCGAGUGCAGUUGCGGAGACUAGGUUCUCAUGGUCGUAGAGCUGAAAGUAGUGUUCAACCCAUCUUUCGAGUUGCUUGGCCUUGUCUUGAAUUACUUCACCAUUCGAGGAUUUCAAUGGGGCACAUUUGGUUGGAAGGGUGUAAAUCAUAUAAUAAUAGUGCCAUCAGCGCGGGAAACUUGGCAUGUGCCCAAUCACGAUUCUUCUAAUUCUUCUGACUGGCUGUAGUAGCAAAAUCACAAUAUUGAUUGUUUGAAGUACGUUGUCAUAGUUUUUCUUGAUCAGUUGUUGAACUCUGCAAUCGUAAAACCACAUAAAGUACGUUCGAUUUUGAAACAAAACCAUAAGCACAUCUAUGUAUUUCAUUUAUGGAGUUGUCUGUUUCGUUUUAGGUAUUUUAAGUCAACUGUAAAUUAGAAUGAGUAGUCCCACCGGAACGGUCUUUAAUGUGUCUUUGUUCCAGGAAAUAGAAUACCGUAAAAUUCCGAAAACAAGCCUCUCCGUGUAUAAGCCCCUCCCUAUAGAAGCCCCUCAAAUCGGAAACGCAAAAAUACCUCCUUUAAUAAGCCCCUCCGAAUAUAAGCCCCCGGGGGCUUGUAUUUGGAAAUUAUCGUCAAUUAUACAAACCAGGAAGAUCUUGAAGCCACUGACGCAGUGGAAACUAAUGAAGAACGAUAUGAGCUUUCAUAGUUAUCAUGAACUUUGAGCCUAAACUACGUUACCGUUUUUACUGUAUUUCCGUUGUAAUAAAGUUUAUUGCCGUUGUGUUUGAACUUGGCAUUUUCAGUGCGAUUAAUUUGUCACGAAUUUCUAGCCAAAACCCCUAAUAUUACUAGUUGCACAUUCAAAACUUUUGACAAAAUUUCCCUCCAGUUAUAAGCCCAGCCAAUUUUGAACGGAAAUUUCCCUCCCAUAAUAAGCCCCUCCGAAUAUAAGCCCCUUCCAAAAAUAAGUCCCUCAGAAAGGUCCUUUGAAAAAUAUAAGCCCCGGGGCUUUUUUCGGAAUUUUACGGUAUAUUAACUCACGUCAUGAUUUCCCUGCAGAGCGAUGCGGUUCAUUUUUCGCUGGAUUGGAAACUCCCGUGUGCCGUUGUGUUCACACGAAGAGACAUCAACAGUCGUCACGAUACCACAAUCAGUCAAAGAAUCGAUGACAGCGUACUGUAUCAAGACGUCUCCUUGGUGAGAAGAGGAAGUGUCUCCCGGGAGUUUACCCCCCUAGGAACGGAUGAGCUGCCGAACGAGGGAGAUCUAGUGGGGUUGGACGCUGAAUUUGUUACACUGAAUCAGGAGGAGGCUGAAAUAAGAUGCGAUGGUACGCGGUCUACAAUAAAACCGAGUCAGAUGAGUGUGGCUCGUGUUACUGUUGUCCGAGGUGAUGGCCCGCUAGCUGGCGUACCCUUUAUAGAUGACUACAUAUCAACGACAGAACAGGUUGUUGAUUAUCUUACAAAGUUUUCCGGCAUUAAACCAGGCGACUUGGACGCCACCAUGUCCUCCAAACAUCUCACCACACUGAAGACAACUUAUCGCAAACUAAAAGCUUUAGUCGCCAGGAAAGUGAAGUUCGUUGGUCAUGGCCUGAAGAAAGAUUUCAGAGUUAUUAAUAUCCUGGUACCAAAGGAACAAGUAUUUGACACAGUAGAACUCUUUCAUCUUCCUCGUCAAAGAUACAUCUCACUUCGAUUUCUGGCGUGGUAUUUCUUAGGUAACGUUUCUUUAGUCCUUGUGAUAUUUUCAGUUUUUUGCUUUCCCUUAUCUUCAUUAUUUAUUAUUUCGUCGAUCAGUUUACUGCCUGCUAUUUGAUUGUUCGAUUGAUAGAAGUAUUGGUAAAAAAAAAGGUAGGCCUGGGCA